UCCGGUUCUGUUGAAAAUCAGCAGCCCUCCCCUGAAGCCCAACCAUUUGCUGAAAACAAGGCUGAGUCCCAAUGCGAAUGGACCAAGUGGAAGGAAUCACUCUUCAUGGUCAAACAUGCUCAGGGGAACGAGCUUCCAAUCCUCUUGGAUGAGAAGCACGAAUCCCCAAUGACUUUUCUAAAUGCAUUGAAGUUCUGCAAGAAGUGGCGCAACCACAAAGAGGAAGAACAGUUGUAUGUUGCCUUUGUUCGUCCUGCUCAUGUGCCUUCGACUUUUGCGGCUAAUACCACUACUACUUUGAUUGAUAAUCCUGCUUCUGGCGGGUGCAAGGUCUUCUCCAAUAUCGAUCUCAAGUCUGGCUACCACCAGAUUGAAGUCGAUCCUGCGGACCAGCACAAGAUUGCGUUCAAGAUAAGCGACGGGCUUUAUGAGUUCACCGUAAUGCCCUUCGGUCUUACGAAUGCACCAGCCACUUUCCAAAGCCUCAUGGACAAGGUCCUCCGCGAACAGAUUGGCCGGUUUGUGGUAGUGUACCUAGAUGACAUUCUGAUCUUCAGCAAGUCUAUGGAGGAACACCUCAAGCAUCUUGAGGAGGUGCUCGCUAUCCUCAAGACGACGCAGCUCCAUCUCAACUUGGAAAAAUCUGAGUUUGGGAAGGAUAGCGUCAUCUAUCUUGGGCACCGGUUGUCUGUUGCAGGCCUAAAGCCUAAGUCAACCAAGAUUGAGGUCAUACGUGAUUGGCCUCAACCUGCGAACAUUCGCGAAUUGCGCUCUUUCCUUGGUCUGGCGUCGUACUAUCGGAAGUAUAUAACUACGGAUGCAAGCCAGUAUCGAAUCGGUGCACUGCUGCAACAAGAUGACGGCGAUGGCCUGCGACCACUCGAGUACUACAGCAAACGAAUGCCCAGCGUAAAGGUAGCUACUUCCACCUACAUGCGCGAGCUCUACGCCUUGCGUAUGGCGUUGGAUCACUGGAAACAUUUCCUUUUGGGACGCCACUUCAAAGUCUUCUCAGAUCAUGAGACCUUGAAGUGGAUCAAACAGCAGACUACUUUGUCCCCUACCUUGCUUCGCUGGUUCCAUGAGAUUGAUAUUUUUGAUUUUGAAUUAAGACACAAAAGGGGUUGUUAUAAUCGAGUCGCUCACACACUGUCUUGCUACCCUGAGUACAUGACUUGCCUGGUGAAAUCCUACGACCUCCGGAAGAAACUGAAGGAGGAGCUCGUAGAGCAGACAGCCAAGGAUCCGGAGCUUAGCUCCAUCCUUGAGCAGCUGCGGGCUGAUCCUAGUAGUCAGCCUGAUUUCCACGAGUAUGGAGGACUGAUUUUUCGUCGUUACGGGAACCAUAACCGUUUGUGUGUGCCCAACCAUGAGCCUCUCCGUACACACUUUCUGGACUUGGCUCAUGGCCGGAGCGGGCACUUCGGCAUGGCAAGAACGUACGCUAACCUGCUGAGACAGUUUGAUUGGCCUGGCAUGAAAGGGACUACUGAGAAAUUUGUGGCUGAAUGUCAAGUCUGUCAACGAAUCAAACCUUGCAGACAAAAGCCCAUGGGGCUACUCACAACCCUACCCAUUCCUGAUGGUCCCGGGGAGUCUGUCUCCAUCGACUUCACUGACAUGGGUAAGGUAAGCAAGAACGUCGUAAGUUCUCGAUAUGCUUACGAGGACUAUGCUGUCCACUUGGUCCCACCGCUGGACCAACCGCUCCACGUGCAACAAUCUACCGCAUGCACGGUUUCAUCACCAUUGGCAACCGAUUCGGCAGCUUCGCCGCCAUCUACCGCCAGGGAUUCAACGUCAUGGUCAAUACUUGAAGAGCUCGACCCGUUGACAUUUGCGGACUUCCAAUGGAUGCCCCUUCCCCGGUCUGGUCGAUUGCCGAAACCACAUUGCAACGUGCUCAAGGCACCAUUGCGGGAUUACUUGCACACUGCAGUACCAACUCCGUUGAUGGACACUGGAGUAGAGGUUGUCGACCUUCACGCCUAUAUUGCGAAAAUCGACCGCGAGUUCAAGACGCAACGGAAGGAUCACCCGGUGAACUUCUUCAACCGCACCGUUCACGUUCGUGACCGGAAGGGAGUACUAGUUCCAUGCACGGUGCCUCUUCSUCAUCCUUCGAUCAGCUGCCACAUGGUAUCCGCCGCAAGCAUGCGAGCUUCCAUCAUCAGAGAGGAAAUCGAGGAGAUGGGGGUGUGUUUUCUCCACGCCCUCCCGCCCCAUGACGCUUCAUCGACGGACUCACCUUCGGAUCCACGCAUCACCGAGCUUCUCGAYGCCUACAGCRRCRUGUUCGAAGGCCYGCACGGAGUAGUACCGGAUCGACCCAUCCGCCACGAGAUCAUCCUCGARGACGGGGCCGUACCUCCGYGCGGUUGCAUCUACCGAAUGAGCGAGGAAGAGUUAAGUGUGCUUCGGGCACAACUCGACGACCUUUUGGAGAAAGGCUGGAUUCGGCCUAGCUCAUCGCCAUACGGUGCUCCUGUUCUCUUCGUCCGGAAGAAGAACAAGGAUUUGCGGUUGUGCAUCGAUUAUCGUAAGCUCAACGGGCAGACGAUCAGAAACGUCGGCCCUCUCCCACGCAUCGACGAUCUUCUCGAGCGAGUGGGCGGCGCCGAGUUCUUCUCCAAGCUCGAUCUCAAGUCAGGAUAUCACCAACUCGAGAUUCGGCAGGAGGAUCGCUACAAGACCGCGUUUAAGACGCGAUAUGGGCAUUUUGAAUGGUUGGUUAUGCCAUUUGGCCUUACGAAUGCCCCGACCACUUUCCAAGCGGCUAUGACAACGGAGUUCCGACACAUGCUGGAUCGAUACGUACUUAUCUACCUCGACGACAUCCUGGUGUACAGUCGGAGUUUGGAGGAGCAUGUGGAACACCUGCGCACCCUUUUGAAGCGGCUACGACAAGCCAAGUACAAAGCCAACCGCGACAAGUGCGAAUUCGCGCGGCAGGAGCUGGAGUACUUGGGACACUAUGUGACGCCGCAAGGCAUCCGUCCGCUUGCGGACAAGAUCGAGGCCCUACGAGUAUGGCCCGAGCCCACCCACCAACACCACGGACGUUCGUUCAUUCAUGGGAUUGGCAGGCUACUAUCAGCAAUUCAUCACCAGAUACUCAAGGAUUGCUGCACUUAUGACGAGAUUACAAUCGCCAAAGGUGCCAUUCGUAUUCGAUGACGACGCACGCCGGUCAUUCCAAGCACUUAAGACGGCUAUGCUCAUGGCACCCCUCCUUAGCAUCUAUGACCCAACCCUGCCAACGAGAGUGACUACGGACGCUUCCGGCUAUGGCAUUG